GUGACAACUCCCUUGAAGUGAGUUCCCCCGGUUUGGCCACAUGCACCUGUAACACGCUUCAGAGCUGUUUGGAGCUGUUUUCCCUCGUUCACACGCUGAAGCUCACAGAAAACAGAAGUCCUGGGUCCGCUCCGUGCCAGUGCAGACGAGCAGAUGGACCAGGUGUCCAACCGGUCGGGAGUGGGCAGUGACAUCACAGAUGAGACGACAUCCAUGGUGGAGGACAGGUGGGAGAGCUCAGAGGAAGAUGAGAGCUCUGACCCUCAGGGACUGUGUCUCGCUGCACCUCAGACUCCUCUGCCAACCUACAAACAGAAGUUUGACGAGUUUAAGAAGUUGUUCAAGGAGCUGCCAGAGUCAGAGAGACUCAUAGUAGAUUACCCGUGUGCCCUCCAGCGGGACAUCCUCCUUCAGGGACGCCUCUACCUGUCAGAGAGGUGGCUCUGUUUCUACAGCAAUGUGUUUCGGGGCACGAAGAUUACACUGACGUUGAAAGACAUCAUGACGGUGAGCAAAGAGAAAACGGCGCGCCUGAUUCCCAAUGCCAUCCAGAUCAGCAUGAGCUCAGAGAAGUUCUUCUUCACGUCCUUCUCCGCACGAGAGAAAAGUUACCAGAACAUUUUCCGCAUGUGGCAAAACACGCUGUUGAACAAGCCUCUGACCUGCUUGGAGUUUUGGCAGAUGGUGAAACACCAUUAUGGGCAUGAACUGGGCCUGAGCUAUGACGAAAUGGAGAGCCUUCAGAUAAGCACAGAAUCAAGCAUGCAGAACAGCCCGACUGCGAGGCCCGGUGCUGGUGAUGAUGGUGGUCUAGGGAAGAUGGAGCGACCUCCCUCCCUCCGGCUGUCCGGGGUGGAGCUCGGGCCUUUAGAGACCUCGACGCCUCAAGGGGAGGAUUUGCCUUCUUUUGGCUCACAGAAUUCAGCAAACACGGAUGACUCUCGCAACACACCGUCUCUGAGAUAUAGUCCCGCUCCGCCGCUGGACCGCGUCGCACCAGAGCGCAGUUCCAAGCGCUCCGCACAUUCUCUUGACCUCAACGCCAAUGAGAAUGGGAUUUCCGAGCCCAGUGGUUCAGAUAGCAUUGAAGAAGUUGAGGAGCGAGUGGGUCUGUCCGAGGUGCCCGGUCGAGUCUUUUUAAACAAGGUCUUCCACGUCAGUGCCACCAAAAUGUUUGAGCUGCUCUUCUCCGACUCGACGUUUAUCCGCAGAUUCAUGAACAUCAGAAAGAUUACGAAUCCAACUUUUACUGCUUGGCAAAAGGACGCGACAGGAAACAUGAAGAGGAGUCUGAAUUACACCGUAACCAUCAACAACCCGCUGAUUGGCAAGUUCUCCACAGCCACAGAGAACCAGACGCUGUACAAAGAGUCUAGGGAUGGUCGGUAUUACCUUGUGGACGCUGAGGUCUACACCCACGACGUCCCUUAUCACGAUUACUUCUACACCCACAACCGAUACUGCAUCAUUAGCAACUCCAAACGGAAGUGUCGACUAAGGAUCUACACUGAUGUGAAGUACAAGAAGCAGCCCUGGGGCCUGGUCAAGUCCUUCAUCACUAAGAACUCCUGGAGUAGUAUAGAGGACUAUUUCCAGCAGCUCGAAAUGGAACUGCUGGAGGAGGAAGCGGAGCUUAAUCAAGGAGGCGGUGAUUCUGGGAAGAUCGGCGGACUCCGGAGACGAAGGAGGACGUACAGCCGGACGCUGCCAGAACACAUGAAGCCAAACAAGCAGUAUGUGCAGGAGUCCGAGCAGCUCAGAGAUGCCAACAUGGGCCCCAUAGAAAUGAAAGCUUCGCGUCAAUGGAGCACAACCACCAUAGUUGCUGUGAUGAGUCUGAUUCUGCUCAUUCUGACGGUGCUGAAUCUGGGUCUGUUUUUUAAGUUGUCGGCAAUGGAGGACGUCGCCCACCGCAUGUACCUGAGCACAAAGCAACGGCUGAGGGAGAGGACUGAGGCCAGCUUGGCCCCUGAGUAUGGAUCCAAAGAGGGACCUGGGUACAGGACCAAAGACGAGAUGUACCUGCUAAAAGCAGUUCUGCAGGACUCCAUUAACCUUUUAGAGCAGCUCCGCAGCUCCCUCGUAGUGCUGCAACAAAACUUUGCCAUGGCCAAUCAGACGGCAGCGCCACAGUGACGCUGCACACGCGUGGAGUGGACAUCGGAGCAACCGAUCCCCGGCUCUGCAGCGGAAAGGACUGUGGCACUGAACUGCCUCUGACGUUGCCACGUACAGUCAGCGUGGGGGGGGUUACACUUCCUAAUGCCUGUGGUGGGGCAUCAGGUGGCGGGAUGUUUUUAAACGUGAGGACUGAAUGACGGGAGGAUGAAGUGACAUCGGAUGGAGCAGUGCGUUUAAGAGACUUCUAAAACAGUGACACCGGUGUCUUGAUGUGCCGUUGUGCAUUCAUGAUGGACCUUUAAUGAUGGUGGACACUGUUGUUGUGAUUUGAUAUUAUUUAACAACUUUCUCUUGAUAAAUUUGCACACAUUUUAAUUUUUGCACAAGUGCCUGUUGAGUAGGUUGUGUUUUAGACAUCCUUUUUUUUAGACUAUUUUUUCCCUUAAUAAAAAAGUAGAAUCAGCAGCUCUAAUUUUUUAAGUUUUUUUCCCUCUCUCUCCUUGGUAAUCAUGAAAUAUUUUUUAUUCUAAAGUUACAGCGCAGGUAAAAAAAAGAAAAAAGAUUUUAGUGCAAUAUAUCAUGAGUCCAAUCAGGUGUACGGAGAUGACAGCUGAUAGUGUUUUUAUGUUAAGUUUAUUAUGGACAAAUUUGAGGGGAUUCAAUGUAAAGUAAGUAAUCCAAAAACUGGUGACACUUGAUUUUACCUGUCUUGUUUAUGUAAAAUCACACUGCGUAUGUCUGUCUGUUUGUCUUCCUCCUAUUCCCGGGUGUGUGUAGGGUCGGUGGGACUGCCUCAGGUUACCUCAGUGCUGCACGUUUGACUCUGUCAGCACAAGAUGCAAAUUUAGUUCUGUGGUUUUUGGAUGAUAUAUGAUCAUGUUUAUUUGUUUUUUUUUCUUCCUCACUCGUUGCCUUGAGCCUUGUUUGAUGUUUACAGUGUUGCCAGACACCUCGUCACUGUAUAAUCUUCUCCAGCAUUUCCAACCUAAAAUCACUUAAAUGUCUUGUUUCUGUUAUGUAUAUUGUGUAUACUUUGACGAGCAGUGUUGUAAUAAACAAAAUCUCUUUCUUUCAAAGAAACACUAUUA